CCGCAAAUUACGCGGACAGAAGAAGGAGCAGAACCCAGAAAGACUGAUCACGACCGUCCUCAUGACGAUGAAGGGAAAAGUCUGAGUGAAAAAGGAAAAAACUGCUUCUAAUUAAAGUCACAAGUUGUCAUGUGUGCUCUGUGUAAUAGGAGGGAAGUGUCCUUGUGUACAGUGCUCCACUGUUGCUUUCUGUUUGCGUCUCAUCAGCGCUCCUCUGGCUUCUCUGUCUGCGCAUUAGACUGUAACUAAACAAGUUAGUAAACUUUGUUUAAAUGGAAGCAUUCUUAGUCUUCCAGGAAUUCUUAUGAGUUGUAGGUGGAUUUCAUCGACAGAGGAGCCUUAAAAUCCCCAAUAUAUAUAUAUAUAUUUGACAUGUGUUAGGAGGAUAAAGAAGACAAGCAUGGCAGACAGAAGGACUUACAACGUUUUGAUUUUGGGUGUUGGAUUUCUUUUCAUUUUCACCGCCUUCACCACCUGUGGGAACAUUGAACAAACUGUUGUGAAAAGUCUGAAAAACUCAACUUUCAGUGGGAGUGGUUACCACAGCCUCGGGAUCAUCUAUGGAGUUUUUUCGUUCUCCAAUCUGCUUGCACCGACUGUUGUUACAGUAAUUGGAGCAAAACUGACCAUGUUUUUGAGUGGCCUACUUUACAGUGGCUACAUUGCAGUGUUCAUCAUGCCUUCUACUUGGUCCUUUUACCUGACUUCUAUUCUCAUCGGUGUUGGAGCAGCCUUGCUCUGGACGGCUCAGGGGCAGUUUCUGGUGGAAAACUCAGAAGCCUCCACCAUCAACAGGAACACCGGCAUGUUCUGGGCUCUGCUACAGUGCAGCAUGCUGUUUGGGAAUCUUUAUAUUUACCUGGACUGGAAUGGAAAAUCCGAAAUAUCAGACAGCAGCAGGAGGAACAUUUUUCUGUUCCUGCUGGUCUCCUCCAUCCUUGGCACUCUCAGCUUCCUGGUGUUGAGGACGAGCCAUCAUGAAGAGGAGAUGCUGUCUGAAGAGGAAGGGCAGUCGCUGCUCUCGACGCGCACAAUGUACAAAAACAGGGCAAACAGUGCUUUGCAGGAUACCAAGACAGAAUUUCAAACCAUCCUGCAGCUACUCAAGACUAAAACUAUAAUGCUCCUGAGUCCCUGCAUGGUAUAUAGCGGCCUUGAGCUGUGCUUCUACAGCGGAGUGUAUGGAACGUGCAUUGGUGCAACUGCCCACUUCGGAGAAGCUGCCAAAGGCUUGAUCGGGAUCUCUGGGAUCGUGGUGGGCAUUGGAGAAAUAGUAGGUGGAGGUCUGUUCGGGUUGCUGUGCAAAAACAGUCGCUUCAGACGAACCUCGGUGGUCUUCCUGGGAAUGGUUGUCCAUUUCAUCGCGUCCUACUUGAUUUUCCUGAACAUACCGGAUGAUGCGCCGGUCGUCGUCGACUCCACCACCCAGAAGAAUCCGUUUCUAACUCCAACCGCCUCCAUUGCCCUGUUGUGCUCCUUCCUGCUUGGACUUGGAGAUAGUUGCUUCAACACACAGCUCUACAGCAUACUGGGAUAUGUUUACGCCGAACAAAGCACGCCUGCGUUUGCCAUCUUUAAAUUCAUACAGUCUGUUAGUGCUGCAGUGGCGUUCUUCUACAGCGGCUACCUUCUGCUGACGUGGCAGCUCCUGCUUCUGGUCAUCAUGGGCUUCAUUGGAACUCUCUGCUUCUUCGUAGUUGAGAGGAUGCAGGACUUCUCUAUGGAUUUGCAGGAACAAUGAAAAGAAGGUGUUUCUGGUCAGCAAAAGUAAUCCUGAAACAUAGUCCUGCAUUGAUGUAUUCGACAAUGUAUUAUUCUAAUAGAUGACUCUGUGAAGGAUCACAGUGAGCUUAACAUCCUAUCCCGUGCCAUAAUGUGUUAGAAUGUAAUUAUAGGCCAUGCUUUGCAGUAUUUUCCUAUCAGUUGACUCUUCGGGUCAUGUUUCACUACUCAGUUACCCCUCAUGCAGUCUUCUGGUUAAAUCUUAAUAACCACUCAUUUUAUUUUAUACUUUGCAUUAAUUCUAGCUCAGGUUUGUCUUAAUGAAAAUGCUAAUAUUUUAGGUAUCUGAACUGUUUUUAUGUAAGAAAUGAUACUAAGUAAUGCCUGACAAUCACUACUUUAUGACCUGUUUGUACAUUUUGCUUUAUAAUGUAAAUGUUUCUUAUUUUUGGUAAAUUUUGGAGUAAUAAAAUUUUAAUGCUCG